AGCACACCCGUGUGGACCAAGUGCUGCGACCUCUACUGUGCUAUUUGGCGCCAAUCCUCGGCUCAGGGUGCCGAGGAUUGGUUUAGAUCAAUCUCAGUGACAGGCGACCAGCGCUGUCCACUGGGCCUCCCAUGGCGCCCUUGUGGUGCAGCUCUUGCAAGCGGGACAUCCAAGAUGCGUACUUGCGCUUCGACGGCCAGGUGUUUCAUCACGAGUGCCUGACCUGCCAGAGCUGCGGGGUUGCUGUCCAGCGCUUGCACAAGAAAGAUGGCAAGCGGCUCUGCCAGAAUUGCUCUUUGGACCGAUGCAGCCAAUGUCAAGCGCCGGUGAAAGACGGAGGCAUCUUUGAAGGCCAACCCUGGUGCAAGAAGUGCUUCGUUUGCGCCAGCUGCAAGUGCUUUCUGACCUCCGCCUUCACCACUCGGGAACAUCCGGGCCGUCUACUGUGCAAAGGCUGUCUUGGACAUCAAUGCGAUGCCUGCGGCCUUGACAUUGACGGCAAAUCCAUGCGCUUUGAGGGCCAGCGCUUCUGCAUGAGCUGCUUCGUGUGCGGCUGCUGUAGCAAGCCAUUCAUCAACGGCGAGGUGUACAAGCAGGACGGCCUGAAGAAAUGUGGCCGAUGUGUAGGCGCAGCAGUGGAGACACCGUCUCUGGAACCUGUACAGCCUACGACUUCCUCCAGGCGCCGUUUGGCUGUCAAGGCCGCCAAGGAUGAGAAAACUGAAUGGCAGUGGAAUGGUGGGUACCUUGAGCGAGGCAGACACGCAGGACGUCCUCUUUUUGUGCGAGAUUGCUCGGAUGGUUUGAUAGAGUUCUACAUCUACUAUCAUCCGGGCUUCAGCAGGUGGUUUUUUGGCAAAGAUGUCUGCAGCGAAGCGCAGGUGAGCUUCGCCUGCCGCUCGCUGACGGAUGCGGCUUCGCCGGAGCUCUGCACUUGGGAUGCCGCAUGUGUCCAGGAGAUCGCGGAGAAGACUGAGAGCGCAGCCUGGGACCAAAAGGGUCUCUUCCGUGACCGCGACUUCCCUCACAGGCUGGUGCCAAGCAUCGAUGGCCCAAACUGCCCGUCCUCGGGCGUGGAGGAGCUCAUGUGGGUGCCGGCGAGGCUCCUGACGAAGCGCCGGCUCUUGGAUCUGGACACGAAGCUGAUGGGCAGUGGAUCGCUGCUCGCCACCUUUUCCGCGCUCGCAGAGUGCCCGCGGCUCCUGCACAAGGUGUUCAAGCUGGACGACUUCUCGGGUGACGGGCGCUAUGCCUUGGAGCUCUUCGAUCAUAAGCAAAAGAAGGCAGUGGAUGUUCUGGUGGACGAGUACAUUCCUUGUGCACCUGUACAUUGGUGGGAGGACACUGCGGAGCCAAUCUUUUCACAGCCACGUGGCAAUGCGCCCUGGUGCCUUCUUCUGGAGAAGGCGCUGGCGAAGCUUUUUGGCAGCUACGCCAUGCUGCAGACGGCCGCGCCCGCGGCGGUGUGGCGCGCCAUCACUGGCUGUGAGCAACUCAUCGCCUGGAAUCGCGAUGGCUUCACCUGGCAAAGGGCCGAGCUUUCCGUUGAGCAUUUGAACCGCUUCGGCUGCACGAAGCGCGAGAUGGCGGAUCUCGAUCAGCUGUGGGCGGUGCUUUGCAAGCAUCAGCAGCAGAGUCACAUCAUGGGGGUGUCCGUCGAUGGCAACGACGAGCGGGCCGAUGGCUUGGCGGAAGGACACCUCUACAGCCUCCUCUUCUGCGUGGAAGUGCCUUCGCAGCGCGGGCAGUUGCGUUUGCUGAUGCUGCGCAACCCCUGGGGCAAAUCCAAGGAGUGGAACGGCCGCUGGUCCGACAAGCACCCCAUCUGGGCAAAGCAUCCAGAGGUUCGCGCCCAGUUGCGCCCGUACUUUGCGGACGACGGGCUCUUUUGGAUGCAAUGGGAGGACUUCGCCAGCACCUUCGACAUCUUACACAUCUGCCCCAAGGCUGCGGCCAAGGAGGCGACACGCAGCUGCCAAGCACGUGUGCAGGACAUCAGCCUGGAAGCCACACACGCCGAGGCGCAGAUAGCCAAGGUCCAGGUGCAAGUGCAAGCGAAGCCCAAGGCAGACGAACGAAGUCAAGGCACCGAGAGUGGAGGACCCCAGUUCUUCUCCCUCGACAAGGCUUCGCGAGCAGAGUCAGGCACGGAGAGUUGCGGCACCCAAAGCCUGGGCGUACAAAGUGCCCAGAGCGGUCCGCAGGUUUUCCACAUGGAAACCGGCAAGGAGCUUGGCCACCCCACCUUGUUGUCACACGAUGGAAAGGUGACAGAACCACAUAAGAAAGAAGGCACGGAAAGCAACGGGCCGCAAGUCUUCUCCUUGGGGGAGAAUGAUAAGAAGCAGUGGCGUCAUGCACAAAAGAGUUGAUGGCGUAGGCCUUGAUGUUGCCGCGCAAAGAGUGAGUGGGAAGACGCGCGAAGCAACAUUUUUCGCAUGGAGCCCCGGACGGGGGCUGUGGUGAUCCCGCCGAGACAUCUUGGCGCGGAAUGUGAUCCUAAGACACGGGCCAUGAAUCGUUUGGAUCCCAUACUUCAAGACGUGUUCGCUGUUGUACUCGCAGACGGGCAUGGUGAGCGGGAUGUGGGAGAUCGACUUUGCAAAGCAAAGUUGUGAAGCACCUUUCUUUUUGUGCCAUGGCUAGGUGACCCCGCUCUUUCAAGUACA